AAUGAUCAUAAUGCAUAUAACAGGAUGAAGAUAUGAGCAGUGAAGGUCCGAGGAUUGAGGCUAUCUUGGCAGAAGAAGAUGUAGAUAUUCUGCCAUAUAUUGGAUGGAAGGAGAAGGAAGAGAUUCUUAACAAACAGGAGGAAAAACGAUCGACUCUAGCAGAAGGGGAGGGAGAAUCUUCAGAUGAAGAGGAAUAUGGUGAAGAUCUAUUUUUGUGUGAUGAUGGAGCAGAUUAUGGUUUUUUAGGGGAUAAUUCUAGAGAGGGCUCUGAGGACUUCUCCCAACAUGAAGUCAGUCCUGCUUACUCCCCAACCAGUCCCUCUUUCUAUCAACCUGUUGCUGAGCAUUUAGAAAGCAGUUCAGACAUGGAAGACCUAGAGAUGCAGUUAUUUGACUUUGACACAAAAUAUGUAGAUAUGGGAGAUAGAAUGGAAAAGGAAGAAGGAGAAAAAGUAAGAAAAAAGAAGAAAAAAACUAGGAUAGACAUUAGUAAAGAAAUAAAGAUGGAAGUUAGUGAACAGAAACUUGGGAAACUGUCAAAUCUCAUGGAGCGUUCUGAAGAACUUCAGUCUAUGUCUGCAUCUUUUGCUUUGAAUGCAGACAAACCCAAGGGUUUCUUUCCUAAAUCAAGAGUUUCUUUUUUGAGUUUUGAUGAACCUGAAGUGCAACAAGCUCAGCAGUUAACUGCUGCUCCUGAGCCACUCACAGGUUCAUUUCAGUUACAGGCCUCAGCACCUCAGUCACUGGGGUUUUCUCCUAGAGAAAAAAAGUCUUACCCAAAGCAGGCACAGCUGCAGGGUUUCACAUUUGGAGCACAAGUUUCUGCACAAGACCAGCUAUCUGCUUAUAAAGCGCCAAUGUCAAAUCAACCGUUUACUUUUGGUGCAGCAGCUCCAAUGUCAUCUGCUGGCUUUGGAGCACCAGCACCUAUUUCUAAUGCAGAGCAGACCCUUUCAUUUGGGGUAUUUCCAGUGAGAGGCCAGGCCCCUGUAUUUGAUGGUCAACCUCCUAGUAAUGACCAGACACCUAUGUUUGGCUCCAGGGCACCGCCUCCCAGAAGGGCUCAAGUCUCUCUUUUUGGAGCAAGAUCUACUGAUUCAGCCCAGCCUCCAGCAUUCUCAAUACCAUCAUUCUCAUCAACUCGGUCCACUGGCUUUGGAGCCCCAGUUUCAGUGGCCAGCAACUCAUUUGGAUUUGGAGCACAAGCUUCAGCAUCAAUCCAGACUCAAAUAUCUCAGACACCUGCUGUAAGUUUUGCAUUGUCUGCCCCAAUGUCAGCUGCUGGGGGAUCACAGAAAGGUGGUCAUCCAGAGCCAUCUCAGUCAGAAAGCAUAUCAUCUGUUGCCAAGCCAGCAUCUUCAAGAACAUUUGGAAGUUUGUCUGUUGAUUCUGGUGAACCUGGAGUUUUGUUUAAAUCGAAGAAGACAACCAGUGGGAGAGGCAGAUGCAGGUAUAGUUUUGGAGGAGUAGGAGCUCCCUUGUUUCAUGCUGCUAGUCAGUCAAUAGAGAAAGUUUCACUGAAGGCACAAGCUGAAGAACCACCAAGGACAGAGCUAUUGAAAGGGGUUAAACCAAUAUUACAACCUGCAAAGUUACAGUUGUCAACUGAAGCACCACACCCACCUCCAUUAACUGGAGGAGGGGCACCACCUGGACCACCACCACCACCACCACCACCACCACCUCCACGUACAGCAACGCAACGAUUACGAUCAGCAGACGGAUAUCUAUCAAUGGGAGUUAAAUCCCCGCCUUCAUUACCUAAAGCAGGGGUACCACCACCACCACUGCCACCGCCACCUGGAGCAGCAGUACCACCACCAUCCCCACCACCAUUACCUAGAGCAAGGGUAGCACCCGCAGCCCCACCACCUGGAAGAGCAGUACCUUCUCCAUCACAUAGUACAGAGACACAACCCAAAGUGAUGUGGAGGAAAAUGAAGGUACCAGCUUAUAACGCCAAGAGGAAAAUGAGUAAAGAGAGUCCAAAGGAAAAAUCCAGUGAAGCUGUUAGUAUUGACCGGCCCCCACAGAAAUCAUCACCAGAGGCAGAAGUAGCAGAAAUUGUAAAGAAAAAUCUAGCUUCAGUCAAAUUGAGAUCAGCAGGUUCAGUUGUUCAUAGAAAAUUGUUUGGCGAGUCAGAGCAACAAUCAUUAACAACAGAGAUAACAAAGAAAAUUGAAACCAAGCUUAGACAAAUGCCAGUAGAUAAAGGAUCAAUAGACCAACAAAGGGGAAGGAAAACCCUCGGCAGAAUAGCUGGAGACAGAUUAAUCAAUCAGUCUAUAGACAGAGUUAUAGAUUUGGAUUCUUCCUCUUCAUCUUCUCAAGACUGGUCAUCCUCGGAUGAAGAAUGCAAAGUUUCAAUUAUUGCAGAUAGUAGUUCAGUGAUUUCGGAGGGCUAUCACAGUGGUGGUGGAAAUACCCCUGUACCACCUGUCCUUAUGGGUAGAUGCUUGUUAAAAGAAAUGAAGAAGAGUGAUUGGAUGCAGUUAUUUAAGCUUCAAAAUAAGGAAUAUGGUUACUGGGAGUUUUCACCAGGAUUGGGCAGACUGCUUGGGAUUUCCAUUGAAUAUUGUAGAAGCAUGCUUGCAGAUGCAGGAGUGAUGUCUUUAGGAAAGAAAGUGUCUCAAGAUGUGUACAGACUACUAGCUACUCUGCUGACUUUAACCCAGAUAGUUCAAACUGUUACUAAGUCUUUUGUCAGCUUCAAGGAAAUGCAAGCCACUCUUGAAGAAACAUUACCAGAUUUCUUAAAAAAGCUAUCCAUGAAAGACAUGGAGCAGGAACAGGUUUUCACUGGACUUGAACUGGCAGGAAAGUACUGCAAGAACAUGGACAAAGCCCACCCCAUGAUGUACUCCACACUUGAGAUAGGGACCAGCUGGGACCAUGUCAUGCAGAAACUAUUAGACCUGUAACAGGCUAAACUAACACUAGAACUCUUGUGUCAGAAACAUCAUGUGUUUAUACUAACUUAGAGUAGGUUUAGAAGCAUUCAAAUAUGUUGAAAAAAGGGUGAAGUUGAAUAAAAUCAGUGUUAUGUAAAAAAGAAGGGAUCCAUACAGGUCACGCGUGACGGUCACGGGUGUCGACCUUACAUUAACCUUAUAAUAAAUAACAUGGUUGUGAGGGGUUGGAGAAAUCGUAUUAUUAACAUAAUCUAUGAUCUUACAUCUGGGAAUAUGAGGUCUGAUAAAACUCAGUACUGACCUCUGACAUAAUCACUAAACUAUAUGGACCUAAUGAUGCAAACCAUGGUUUGUGACCAAUCAGCGUAACAAACUUAUCAGUCAUGUGACAAACAUUGCUGAUAUAGCAAGGACUUUUAGGAGGACAUUGACAUUCAGUUUUCAAAUGAUACAAUAAAUAAUUAGUGACUUUCACUUUUGGUUAAAUGUAAUUUUUGAAACUUCAGUUUACUAUUUGAGUGGCAGUCUGUAGUGAUUGGAGACAGAAAUGUGCAACCCUACUUUCCUGUGGUGUUAAACAAGUUUCAAGCACUUGUCAAUUAGCUUGCAAUUGAGAAAUAUCAUAUAAUACAUGUUAUAGAUAUUCUUUUCUAGGGAAAAUGGAUAAAUUUUCAAAAGCGAAUUUCAGCUGAACAGAUGCAAUUAAAUGUAUCAAAGAGAUGCAUAUACAGAUCUCUUUGAGUGCCUCUACAGUAAAGAAAGGAGGGUAAGAAUGCUUUUGAGUCAAUAAAAAGUGCUUCACUUUAUGAAAUGUUUGUUUUCUGAUGUCUUCCCCCUUUUAAAUUUCUUACUACCACUGUGCUCACAUAUUUCGAUAGCAUCAGUUGGAUUUCUUUUCACCCUGACAAAAUGUACAGGAGCCUCUUGAAUCGGAGAAAAAAAU